UGCAGUCUACUGCUCUGGGAGGGAGAGCUAUUCACUGCCAUUCACUACUCACCCUCGAUUUUAUUAUUAGCUCACUUGGAUCUGGCAGCAGGGAUUUUUUUUCUCUCUCUCUCGGCAGCAGCAGCAGCAGAAACGGCGACUUUUGCGUUGCGCAACGCAGUGGGCUGCACACAUCGGGAUCUCAGGUAAAGGUGUGGGAAUACAGAAAAAAAAAAAUCGAGGCUCGACAGAAGCUGGGUCAGGUAGGACUCCCAACUGAUGGCCCUCGUAAUUUAAAAGCCACACCGUAGUAACCACAGCGCCGCUCGGAAGCCUCCGUCUUUUUUUCUCCCCCCCUCUCAGCGUCCAAAAUGUUCAGGACGGCCAAUUACCCGACCGUGGAUCCUGCGCCCACCAUCAUGCACGGGGCUUGGCUGACCACGGGGUGCCGAGAAAACACGCCCGUGGCCGUGGAGAAACCCAAGAAGAAGGCGUUCAGCCUGGUCAAAAUCAUGUCUCUGAGCAACAAGAAGGGCCACGGCCAGCAUCCGCACCACAACAACAACAUGCCUUUCACGAUCCACUGUCACAUCGGCAAAGAGAUAAAGCACAUUUGCAGCAACUGCAGCCGCGGGAACGACACGCAGGACGCUGAGGAGGUAGAGAGGCUGGCCGCCAUGCGUUCUGAGUCCCUGGUCUCUGGCACCCACACUCCCCCCAUCCGUCGUAGGAGCAAGUUUGCUACUCUCGGUCGGCUCCUCAAGCCCUGGAAAUGGAGGAAGAAGAAGAGCGAGAAGUUCAAGCAGACCUCUGCAGCGUUGGAGAGGAAGAUGUCAGUGCGGCAGAGCAGAGAUGAGCUUAUCAAGAGAGGAGUGCUGAAGGAGAUCUUUGAAAAAGCAACUGUUGAAUUCCGAUCUUCGAUGGACCACGGCAUCUGCACUCAGGAGCCCUCUAUGAAGUCAUCCAUGGUCCUGCCCACCAAGAAAUCUGUCACCUUUCCAGGUGACCAUCAGGACACACCUGCCAAGCCCCCGCUUUACCACAAGCAGCCUCCUGCUCUCCCUCCAAAGCCUUUCUCUAGGAUCCCAAACCAUAGCACAGAUUCUUGCCAGCCAAUGAAGUUGCCCUGCAUGCCCGGGGGAAAGCACUCUCCACCUCUGCCACCCAAGAAAGUGAUGAUUUGCGUGCCUCCAGGGGGUCUGGACUCCUCCUCCACCCCAUCUCCAUCCCCCAAUCCCCUCAGCAGUCUCUCCCAGAAGUGUGCCCCUCCGCAGGGCAUGCCGCCCCACCACGGCACCCUGCUGCCCUCUCAGCUCGCCGGCCUCUCCGCUCUCCACCAGAGCCACGGUCACCCACUUCAGCUCCAGUAUGGCAGCUUACAUGCCCCCAGCCGGAUCAUCGAGGAGCUCAAUAAAACCCUGGCGCUCUCCAUGCAGAGGUUUGAAAGUUCUGCUCUGCAUGGUGGUGGUCAAUGUGCUCCAUUGGAGAGAAGAGAAGUGCCAUCUGUGAUCAUCGACUAUGAGGACGACAAGGAGAAUAUGCCCAACGAGUCCGACUACGAAGAUCUGCCCAGCAUGUAUAAGGACGAGGACGAUGAUGUAGAUGAUGAUGAGGAUGAUGAUGAAGAUGACGACUCCAUAUUUACAAGUACCUUGGCUCAGAAGGUGCUAAGAAAAGACUCGUUGGCCAUCAAGCUGAGUAACCGUCCAUCCAAAAGAGAGCUGGAGGAGAAAAACAUCCUGCCCAUGCAGACAGAUGAGGAGCGACUGGAGUCUAGGCAGCAGAUAGGCACCAAACUCACCAGGCGCUUGAGUCAGAGACCCACAGCAGAGGAGCUCGAACAGAGGAACAUCCUGAAACCUCGCAAUGAGCAGGAAGAAAUGGAGGAGAAGAGGGAGAUAAAACGAAGGCUAACACGAAAGCUGAGCCAGAGGCCCACUGUAGAGGAGCUGAGACAGGCCAAAAUUCUCAUCCGCUUCAGUGACUAUGUGGAGGUGUCAGAUGCCCAGGACUAUGACAGGCGUGCAGACAAGCCCUGGACCCGGCUCACGGCAGCUGACAAGGCCACUAUAAGGAAGGAACUCAACGAUUUCAAGAGCAAUGAGAUGGAAGUGCACGAGUCAAGUCGCCAUUUAACCAGGUUUCACAGACCAUAGUAGACCAUCACUGUCUCGAGCAGUGCCGGACCGGCGCUCUCCUCCACUGAGAACCUUAAGUGCUGGACAGUAAAAUGGUGCCCGUUUCUACAAUAAGGCCAUGUCUUCUGAAAUGCCUUUUUCAAGACCCACACAACUGAGUCGGUACUACGCCACAAGAUGCAGACACCCACUACUCCAUCCACUGUAGUAGCACAUAAUGACUCCAGUUGAUUCACAUUGCCCCAGUGUGGAAUUCGCUCGAUUGUCUCCUCAAACCUCUCUGCUGAGCUCUCAGGCAAGCGCUCGGCUCUGUGGUGGUCGGACAGCGAAAGAGUUUCUGUUUUCCAAUUGACUGACACUCGCAACAUCAACUGAGGGCAGCUGUACCUUGGUUCAUCAAUGGACUCAUCUCAGUGGACAUGUUUUUAUCCCUCUUCGUGAUUAUGCUGUCACUCUGGACUCCUUUAGCCCUCUUGGGCGACUCUAUGCGAGGAUACAGAGUGGAUUGUUCUGAGCUCACUCUGUCAGCAGAAGCUCCAUCUUUACUGCACCUGCUGGGACUUUGGAAAUGGCUCAGAAAGCCCCACAGGAGGGAGGGAGACGCAUCCAACAUUAGAAUCAUGUGCAAUAUUUUUUUUUCCUUCUGCUUUUCCUAGACUAUAGCACCCCCUGGAGUUUCCUCUGUGUCAUUACUAUGUAGUCCUGACUUGUUUCUUCAUAUGUGCAAUUCUCACUGUACCGACAAUGCUGACAUCUAAUUGCUAACUGUGAAUCUGAGAGUUUGGGUGAAUGCCUGCGCUCUCUCCAAAUGUACAUUUUGUUUAUACUGAAGAAGGAAGGUUACGUUUAAAGAAGACUCACGCUGAACCAAGUUUUAGUCAUGUCACAGUCUUACGAAUUUAAUGUAAAAAUUUGCAGCUGGCAGAUGUAUUCUGGCUCCAGUUGUGAAACAGUUUUCUGUUUUAUAUUAUUUUGUUUUUAUUAUAGACUCUUGGGAUCAUAAACCAUUAAUUUUCGUGUCUUUCCACAUCUCAGCGCUUUGAAUUGUGUGAUUUUUGAACUUGAGUUACAGAGAGAUGACUUGCUACGUUGUUCUUUUUUUGUUGUUGUUUAAUUUUUGAGGCAGUAUGUUAAUGAUCUUCGCUCAUAAUGUGCAUUGUAUUAUACAUUUUACUUUUAUACUCGUGUCACUCAAGCUUUUGAUGAAGCAAUACCCGUUGUUUGUAGAGAAAAGGUUAAACUGCAGGUAUAUCCCCGCACCAUUGUUUUUUACUGUGCAUAUACACUAUGCCUACACUUCAGGGUUUUAAGUUUUCUUUUGUAUGUUACUUUAGAAAGGCUUUAUUCUGAAGAACUUUUUCAGCAUUUUUCUUGACUGAGCCACCUAAAAAUCUGCCUGUCUGACAGCUUUACCGAUACAUCAAGACAAGAUUUGAUCAAACUGUCAUUGAAAACAAUGAUGCAUUCAAUUCAAAAAGAUGAGCACUGAUUUUAGUGGAUUCACUGAGUCAGGAUUUUUAAAUGUUUCUAUUGCAUAAAUUCUUUGCACUGUAAAGAGUAUGGCUUUACAAUGGUCAUCGUUUCAAGAUUGGGGUCCAAAUGUGUAAAUUAUUGUUGGAUUUCUGAGCUGUAACCAGUUUGUCUCUUCACUUUAAUGGUCUUGUUACCUGAUCACUGAUCCUACACCAGUAUUCCAACGCUCAUAAGCUUUAUGUGCACAAAAUAUUUUUAGUAUUUUUUACUGUAUUACUUUUAAAGUUGCAAUAUGAAAUUCUUGUCAGAUGAAGAAAAGUAGUAGAGGUGAAAGGCUGUUGGCCACCUACUACAAUGCAUCUUUCCUGCAAAGGAAUGUGUGUUCACCCUUAUUUUCAAGGUCUUGACUAGUGAUAGAUGACCCAAUAAAAUCUGGGAAUUGAUAAUAUAACAUUUGUUUUGCACUGCAUGGUUUGUAUGUGAAAUAAUAGGUGUUUUGUCCAUGUUUCGACCAGUUCCUCUAGAGAAUCACACAGGUUGUUCUCUUGUCACAUUGACGGUUUUAUAAAUACCGGUAUUUCAUUGGGUCAUCUAAUCGCAGAGACUUGGACAUAUGAGGUAUUUUUGUGUUAGAACAAGCUUCUGUAUGAUUCAGGCAUCACGCCGUUUUUUAAGAAUGAAUAUCCAUCCACAGGUUCAGUACCACAGAGCAUAAUAAGAAUGAAGUUCUACAAAUACGAUCCACUUCUCAUUUUCAGCUCUUAAGUAACAACCAGAGACGGUGGGCUGAGCAUGAGGUUUUCCCAUUUUUGCUGGAAUCAAGGAACAUGAAUUCAGCAAUAAUCUGUUUCCUUUUACAUGUUGGUGGAGCGACUGAGCAAAUCUGAAAGGAGUCCUUUUUUUCAUUUUUGAAAUGCGGAAUACCAUGUAAAGGAUACUUCAUGCCGAUUAAAUUCCAUUUCCGAAUGCA